UUAAGCAGCAAAUGGAAUAUUUUUGGGUUACUUUUUGUCUUCCUAGCGUCCGAACUAAGCUCAAACACAACCUUUGUAUAUAAUCUCCUCUCUUAUGAUUUACUCUUUCAUGAGUUUUUGAGCUUCUUCUGAAUCUCAAGUACCAUCUUGCAGACAUGUCUUGCCUGAGAAUUAAGCUUUGCCCAGUCAAAAGAGUUUGGAAGAGUUUAACCACCAAAUUCCACAAGCUCCGGAGAUCCAAAACCAAACUCCAAACCCGGUACGGUGCAUCAGCUUCAGCCAAGCGCUGUUCAGGGAAGAACCUUAUCCGACUAAAGAGAGGUUGCUUGUUCAAGAAGAAACGCAAAUCUGUUGUAUACGUCCAUAAGCUCUUCAGAGAACCAAUCUGGAUUCCAGCAAAACAGUGGAAACCGGAGAAAGAAUUGGUACGAGAGAACGGAAUAGACGUGAGAGCCCAAGAGUUCAUCAACAGAAUGAAAGCAGGGAUGAUCGCUGCUGCACGGAACUCAUAAGCAGACUUGAUAACUAGUAGUAAUUACUUUCUUCUUGUGUAUAGAUACUCUUUGAUUUUUAUAUUAUCAAUGUUUGAUACUCUUUGAAAAUAAAUAAAUAUUGAUUUCUCCACGAAA